GUAAUUCAUUGCAAGCAAAAUGUGAGACCAUCUCCCCAUCAUACAAAUGAAAUAUGCAACACACUCUAAGUAAAAAUUUUAUGAAAAGGAAUGACAGAAAAACUCGAUUUGAGUUGCUGAACUCUCUUUGCUUGUGUGAACGCAGUAGUAUACACACAUGGAUAUGUAUUUAUAAGCAAUGAACGUUUGGCGCACAUGCUCUAAGCAUCAAAAUCCAAAUCGAAUUUAAAGAGAUGAGUAGGUGCUGCUUAACUUGCAGUCGACCCCUUUGCUGCGGCUGACCGGUUUCGAGUUGUUUUCUGUAUAAUUUUGGGUACCUAAACGCCAGCAAAUAUAAAAAAAACAAAGGAAGCAAGUAGCGACAAAUAUAACCGCGAAGUAUAGCAGCAUCGGCGCUUGCAAUGCAAGUAGCAAAACCGAAGUCACCAAUUUUGUGGUCUAUCCCACGCUGUGCUGGAACCAUCAGUUUCGAUCGAAUGUGACGUGCGCGCCUUAUUGCUGCUUUCUUUAUUGUUUAAUGUAUUUUUAUUAUACCCGAUAUUUGGUUCAUUAGGGUAUUAUACCUUUGGCUGACAAAGCUAACUGUUGUAUGAAUAAGCGUAUAAAUGGAAUGAAUUUAAUGAGAUUAUGCGGGUUGCUGAUGAUGUGAAAAAAGUUAAACAUUUUAUUAGGCUCAUUGAGCUCCCAAGUGAUACCCAAUUGAGCACCAUUAGCAACUGGGUGGAUUUGAUGAAAUUUAGGUCUUUUAACCUGCCCAGCUUUUAAUUGGAACAUUGUGUCGAUUCCGCUUUAUAAGCUUGUGAAGAUUUGGGAUUACCCCUAUAAUGUUGUUUAGUUCCUCAUUUUCUAAAAGUAGAAUUAUUUUGGUCUGCCUAUUAUCAACACUACCACAAAGUGCUGAGAUCGCACAAGAAAGUUAAUAGACUUGUUGAUUGGGCCAUAAGCCAACUUGCCACAUUCUCCAACAUUCUCGCCCUGAAAAACUGACUGAGAAAAGUAUUACCGAAAUAAUUUUGUGGAAUUCUGCUGCGUUGACUUUGGUCCGCCUGUCCUGAGGACUGAGUACUAAUUUCUCUUACCCAUCUACUUACUAUUCCGUGCCACCCGAAAAUGGACUCACUCCUUUGUUAGUAUAAUUACUUGUAAGAGAGCUCGUUACUUGUUUGAGUGUGUGUACACCAAAGUUAAGUAUUGUGUACUGCGUUUACACGGUGGGUGAGUACUGUUUUGUUUUACUUGAGCUUGUUUUGUAUGGUUUUAUAUUUCGGGCACUGGAGUUUUGUAGCCAACAAGUGAGCGAGUAUAGGCGAUUGGAUUGAUCAAAUCGUAUACCCCUCUCGUUAGAUAUGUAUUAACGAUCGAUUUUAAUUUAUUAAAAAAAGCUGUAGAGGAUGCCUUAAAAUUGAAAGAUCUUCUCAUGAGAAUCAUCAGAUCAUCAUAGGUUCAUAGGAUUCGUCUCUUUUAUUUGCAGAAUAUAUUCAAGAUACAUUAUAUAUAUAAAUAUGUGUAGAAGAUUAGACUUUGAAAUGCAUCUAAUACAUUUUGUCAUUAAAUUUAUUAAAAUGCCUUUCAUUAAAAAAGAAUUAGAUUGAGAUUAGUUGCGAUGACAAGAAAACAUUUUAUAAUUUAAAAACCUUUUGUAAAGCACAUGAGCUUUCAUUUUCUUUACAUGGGCAAUAGGUAAGCUUAGAUUUGAAAUUACUUAUGUAUGUGCUUGAGAUGGUAUCACAACUUCUUUGCAGCUCCAUUUAACGUUUCAACUUGUUUUUCUUAAUUUCUUUGUGCUUUUUGUUAGUGCUUUGGAGUUUCGCAGCGCCGUUACUGUUGAGAAGCCAGAGUCGAUCACCGAUCGUUUGUUUGUUCCGUAUAAUUCCAGUCUGCUGUUUUAGUUUGUUAAGUGACUCUAUUGGAAACGGUCGGGAUUUGUGGUGGAUUUUUAAAUGAUGCUUCAGCAGUGUUUGCAACUGACGCCGAUUUAAUAAUAAAGAAAAACCACAAUGAAAGAUGCGAUACAAUUAUAUGAAAGAGGAAACGCAUUUCCGUUGCCGAGUGCGCGGGGGCAUUCAAAUGUGUAUUGACGUUUAUGUGCUUGUGUCGGUCAACCAAUUAAAUCUGUUAUAAAAUCCGCUUACAAAAAACAACCUUGUUUAUGCCAAAACAUUUACACUAGUAUAUGUGUUCGCUUAUCAAAUGAAAAUAAACACGAAAUGGCUGCGAUAACGUUGUUAUCUGUGUUUUCUCUAAAAUACUUUUACCUGCUCAUAUACGAACGCUACAGAACAUUGUUACCACAAAGAGGUAGUUCCUUAAAUUGAGGGAAGAGAAAACCUUUCGGUGAUUUCGGUAAACGUUGUGCAGUGAAACUAGCUCAUCCGUGAAGAAGAAACGCGAGGAUGAACAGUAUUGAAAUUUAAUUAACAAAUUCACAUUCCUAAAAAUACAAAGAAAUAACAACAAAAACGAAUAAACACUCAAAAUAUUUAAUAAAGCGAUAGUAUUAGUGAAUAAUGAGCACUAAAUAGUACAAUAUAUUCAUCGGAAGAAUACUGUGUGAUAUUAUGAAUUAUACUAACAACAAAAUUAUUCAUAUGUACUGAGAAUCCACAAACUAAACUCGCAAAAUAUUCAAAAUGGAUUAUAAAUUGAUGUUACUGCUACUGUAUUUCGGCGCUGUAGUGUGGCUUUCUUCGGCACAGCAUGAGAAUAUACCUUACGAGGAUGUGAAAGAUAUUUGCGAGAAGUGUGUGUGCUUAACGGCACAUGACAGUGAUAAACGAUAUCAUCAUUUACUAAGUUGUACUUCAAAAAGAUUCAAGCACAUAUUGGCACGUUGGCCUACUGAGUUCGGAAAAAACCACGACAAUGUAGACAUUGUGGCCACUUUCUCGUACAACAACAUCGAACUACUGCAGCAAUUGCCAGCCACAGAUGCUCAACUCACCUUUUCGUGCCGUCAUUGUGGAAUCAAGGACUUGCAAGAGCCCACAUUCAUUGAUGUACCUAAUAUACGGCGAUUAGAUUUGAGUUGGAAUGAAAUAACCAGCGAAGUGCUGACACCCGGCGUAUUUCGUGGUCCAUUUCAACUAACGCAUUACGAGCACAUAGAGUUAGUGGACCUAGAUUUAAGCCAUAAUAAAUUACAUACGCUAGACAAAAAAGUAUUCGAACACACACCAAAUUUAACCAAAUUAAAUUUGAGUUACAACGAUUUGAAGGUGCUGAAUGAGCUAACAGUUUUGGCAUUGACAUCGGUGACCGGCUUGCAGGAACUGGAUUUGUCACAUACCGCUAUUAAGUCAGUGUCGAUGUCCAUUUUCAAAUCGUUGGUGAAUUUACGUAUUUUGAAUUUAGCUGAUAAUGAGCUGACUAGAGUGCCUGAUAAGCUGCAAUUGAUCGGCAGAAGUCUAAUUUCGAUUAAUUUGGCACAAAACCCCAUUGAGCGUUUUACUGAAGACAGUUUUAUUGGUUUGAAGUCCUUACAGAAUCUGAAUAUAAGUUAUAUGCCGGUUUUAAAGACAAUCGGAAAAGGCGUAUUCACACGCUUAGAAACUUUGAGACAUUUGGACUGUGCCUAUAAUGCAAAAUUGACAGAAUUCGAUAUGGGAAGCCUAUUGUAUAGUAGUAAUCUAACUGAUCUUGACCUUUCUCAUUGCGCUCUGACAACAAUUUUACUCUUUGUGAAUAUAACGGAUGAAUCCAAAACUAACGUCACCGCCAGACCUUGGACUCAUCUUCAUACAUUCAAAAUUUCUGGAAAUCCUUGGUAUUGCAGUUGCAGUCUCAUUCAGACUUUGGAACAUAUAGGUGCACAGCAAAGCAAUGCGGAUACGCCACCGCGUUGUGAUACACCCUAUUUCCUCGCAGGCACUAUAAUACCCAAUUUGACUUCACAGGAAAUAUGCAAUUUAAAAAUACCAAAAAAGAUUGUAAUCGAAGAAGAAGAGCCGCCGAAAUUCUUGCGAAAACGCUAUAUUGUAUUGACGUUCAUUACUGCAGCUGUGGUGGUGUCAAUCGGCGUGAUGCUCGGAUUUGCAAUUGCUGGUAUACGUCGCAGAUUGAAACGUAAUGAUUUCGGUAUUGAACCAAUACGUUACACUAGUGUGAGGAGCAGUAACUUAUCGGCCUUCUCUAAUGGGAAUACCAAUUCCAUUGUUGUCAAAGGGAAUGGAGCGGCCAAUGACAAUGUUUAAUUACUGUUAUGAAUGUAACGGCGUAUAUUUGUACAAAAAUUUUCAUAAUUUAUGCAUCUACCUUCCUAUUACUUAUUAUUAUUAUUGCUUAUUAUGUACAUAUGUACAUAGGCAUUUACGAUAGUGAUUUGUUUAAUAUUGUAAAUUAGUGCACUUUUUUUAAAUUAUUGAGUGAUAAAUUCACAUAUUAAUACCUUUUAGGUAUUGCCUACUUUUCAGCUGACCAAAAUAGUAGGAUUAUUUUACCAAAGAUGUUUGUAUGUAGUUCGUAUGUACAGUAUGUAUACCUAUAGAGAAUAACAAUUUAAUAAUAUCAUUUAAUCAUUUUUGAACAGAAACAUGUAUUUAUUAUAGCUUAAACACAAUACGGGCGACGACGAAUAUUCCUCGUAUUCGGCGACGCCGUCGGUGACAAGAACACACGAUUGUAUAUGAAAAUGAACACAAAACGCGACAGCGGCGAAUUUCGCCCACCAUGACGAUUUUUGAGAUAGAGAUAUUUCUAAUUUUAUCGCCGAACGCGGCGAUAAAAACGGCAUCACCAUAUCAAAAAAGACAGAUAUCUUUUAAGUAAAAAUCUUAAGGAUUUUCAAAAUAAAUUUAAGAAAAUGUCUGCGUUGGCAAUAUUAA